GUUCAUUGAAAGUAAAAGAAGUGUCCGUCUUUCCUUUUUGCUGUAGGCCCGAGUGGUUGCUGCCGAAAUGGGUAAGUUCAUGAAACCUGGGAAGGUGGUGCUUGUCCUGUCUGGACGCUACUCCGGACUCAAAGCUGUCAUCGUGAAGAACAUUGAUGAUGGCACCUCAGAUUGCCCCUACAGCCAUGCUCUGGUGGCUGGAAUUGACUGCUACCCCCGCAAAGUGACAGCUGCCAUGGGCAAGAAGAAGAUCUCCAAGAGGUCAAAGAUAAAGUCUUUUGUGAAAGUUUAUAACUACAAUCACCUAAUGCCCACAAGGUACUCUGUGGAUAUCCCCUUGGACAAAACUGUCAUCAAUAAGGAUGUCUUCAGAGAUCCUGCUCUUAAAUGCAAGGCCCGACGGGAGGCCAAGGUCAAGUUUGAAGAGAGAUGCAGGACAGGCAAGAACAAGUGGUUCUUCCAGAAACUGCGGUUUUAGAUGCUUUGUUUUGAUCAUUAAAAAUUAAAAAGAAAAAAAAGAAAGUAAAAGAAGGCUGGGUGCGAUGGCUCACACCUGUAAUCCCAGCACUUUGGGAGACUGAGGCAGGCGGAUCACGAGGUCAGGAGAUCGAGACCAUCUUGGCUAACAUGGUGAAACCCCAUCUCUACUAAAAAUACAAAAAAUUAGCUGAGUGUGGUGACGCAUGCUACUCGGGAGGCUGAGGCAGGAGAAUCAUUUGAACCAGGGAGUCAGAGAUUGCAGUGAGCCAGGACAGUGCCACUACACUCCAGCCUGGUGACAGAGUGAGACUCCGUCUCAAAAAAAAAAAAAAGAAA